GGAAGAUAACGAGAACUUGGGGACUUUUCUUCUCGACAAGUUUCGUGUGCCUGAGUUACAUGGUCGGACAGACUCAGCAGCCGUCGUGUGGUCGUUUCAGGAUCAAUAACUUGGAUGACAUCUGGUGUGAGUGUACGAAGUAACGGGACCUGGACUGAACAUAGUUUUCCUUUCUUUCAUUCAUUUUAUUUGAAUAAAAUGGCGUGCGAAGGAAAUGGUAUGUCAGAUGAAAGAAUCGGAGAAGCCCUGAUAAAGGAGGUCAUAGAGGAAGAGCUAAGGACUGUGCCCUCAGACGAUAUCCCUCCUCUCACUCCACUGGCUGUGAAAGUAAAUACUCGUGAGGAGCAGAAGAUUGUGACCCAGCUAGGCAAAAUGAUCCGAAUUAUUGGUGACCGGGUCAAAGAUGACAAGGAGUUCCAAGAUGCAAUUGAUGGUGUGGCUUGUGUGGAAGGAUCCAAGUGGGAAAAAUUCAAGGUAGUGGCCGACAAAGUCUUUGAACACGGCAUUACCUGGGAGAGAAUAGCUGUGCUCUUCUACGUUGCAGGGAAACUAGCACUCAAGAUGGUGGAGGCUCAUCUGCCACAGUCAGUGAGGGAGAUCCUGAUUUGGACUGUGGAUUUCUUCCGGAAAAAUCUACUGAGCUGGAUUCGGGAACAUGGUGGAUGGAUCAGCAGUUUCUCAGAGCUGACAACAUCCUCCAUGCAGACCGUGGGAUUGAACUCCCAAAACUAUAUCCUCAUCAUCAUCUUCUGUGCUGGCCUGGCUCUAGGAAGUGUUAUCACCUGGAGGCUGACCAGACACUGCUAAGGACCCUCAUACAACAUGCUGCUUGCUUACCCAGUUGCCACUAUUCUACUUUUCUUUUUCUUUUUUUGAGGAUUUUGUGUUGUUAUGUUUUGGCACCACGAUGUCAAAAAUGGUACUUUGGUAUUUUCAUACUUCUAUUGAGACUGUAUUUUAUUAAAUAUUAUGUGUUAUCCUUCGUGUGAUUAGGACACCAAAUUUUAAAAAAAUGGCAGCAUUCU